UUCACGCGCACACACACAAUUCAGAAAAAGAAGAAGAAGAAGGUCGAAGAAGAAGAAUGGUGGAGAUAGAGAAAGUCCUUCACAUGAAUGGUGGAGACGGAAACACAAGCUAUGCAAUCAACUCGCUACAUCCAAGAACGGUGGCAUCUAUGGUCAAGCCUAUACUCGAAGAGUGCAUUGAGCGGCUUUACAUAACCCUUCUCCCUGAGUGUUUGAAGAUGGCAGAUUUGGGAUGCUCAACUGGAUCCAACACCCUUUUAGUUGUAUCAGAUGUCCUCGAGAUCAUCGGAACCAAGUCCAAAAUGUUGAACCUCCCACCACCAUCGUUGCAAGCAUUCCUAAACGAUCUUCCUGGGAACGACUUCAACACUAUUUUUAGGUCAUUGCCGAGCUUCUAUACGAAGUUGGAGAAUGAGAUGGGAAGCUCGUUUGGGCAUUGUUUCAUAACCACAGUGGCCGGGUCUUUCUAUGGCAGGCUCUUCCCUAGCAAUUCCUUGCACUUUGUUCAUUCUUCUUAUGCUCUUAUGUGGAUCUCCAUGGUACCAAAACAGUUGGUUUGCGAGACCCAGGAAGCCUUGAACAAGGGGAAUAUAUGCAUUGCAAAGACAAGCCCUCCUGCCGUGUUUGAUGCAUACUUAAAACACUUUGAAAAGGACUUCACAAUGUUUCUCAAGUGUCGAGCAGAGGAGUUAGUCCCAGGUGGUCGUAUGGUCCUCACAACUAUGGGCAGCAUUAAAAGCGAUGAUCCUCUGAGCAUAUGGGAAGUUGUUGGACUGAAACUCAAUGACAUGGUCUUGGAGGGUCUAAUAGAAUCAGAGAAAUUGGACAACUUCAAUUUGCCGUACUAUGCACCUACUUCGGAGGAAGUAAAGAAGGUGAUUGAGGUUGAAGGAUCUUUCACUUUACAUAAAUUUGAAGUUUUCAAAAUGGAUUGGGACUCUUAUAUAAAGAAAGCAAACAUUGGCCUCGAUAGGCAAGGAAGGGCUGCGAUGAUAGCCACCGACAUUAGGGCCGUGGGGGAACCAAUUUUGUCAAGCCAGUUUGGUGAAGAGGCCAUGGACGACUUGUUUCAAAGGUUCAAAGCUGUUGUACUUGAUCAUAUGGAGGCAGAGAAAUGUGAGUACAUCAACUUGGUUAUCUCCUUGACAAAAAAGGGUUGAAUUAUUAUAAGGUUAACGUGAAAGUGGAGCACAAAAUAAUGUCAAUUUAUGUGGCAGUCAUAUGGACAUUUCUGUCAUUCAGUUUGUGUGAGUGUCUUAUUACUGAUAUUAAUUUCCAGUGAAACUCAAUUAUUUA